AUGAUGUCACAACAAGUCCACAAUAACAAGCGUCGUUCAGAAGCUUCCGCUUCCUCGGGAUCAGGAUCAAGGCGACGUCAACUUGGUCCAUCACAACCGCAACAAGCUUCAUCUGACUCAACGGAUCAAGAAAACAUAAUUACAAUCUCUUCUGGAGAUGAGUCGAUCAUCUGUAUCACUCCACCACGAAAGAAGCAGAAACGACGGCGAAAUGAAAGAAGACUGAUGGAAGAUAGAGAGAAUUUGUCGUCGGAUGAUGAAGAAAACGGGAUUGAAGGGCCUGUUGCACCAGUUUUGAAUUCACAUGAUAUCAUACUUUAUGGCCAUGGUGAUACAGAAAGUUUUGCCUGCUCCCCAUCCUGCAGAGUGCACUUCCAGAAGUAUCAACGAAUGGCAGAUGGGGAUGAAUUGGAAAUUGGGAUGGUUGUGGAAGAGGUGUUAUAUGAAGAUCCUGAUAUUGAAGAAGAGGAAGAAGACAAAAACGUCGACGUAAGAAAAAAGAUCGUCCUGAUCGGCCCAAAUUAUCCACCUGACUUGCCGGAAAUGCUCACCACAACCCCAUUCGAAGACAAAGACCGAGAUGAACUCACCUGGACACCCCCCGCAUCCCAUCAAUUAAAGGAUAUUAAUAAUACUCCACAGCAGAUUGACAAAUUCUAUGAAUUGACUCGAAGUGUCUACUGGCGAGCAAUCUGGAGGGGAUUCGAUGGGCACAUCCCGUAUGAAAUUGCACUGGAGAAUCUGAUGAAGAACAAUUAUGAUAUAUUUGAUAGUCUCGAUUCAAUCGAUCAGUAUCUCCGAGUUCUCCCACGACAAAUGAAACCACCGUGUGCAAUUCAGAUGAAGUUUAUUUAUGAGAAUUCUAUGAAAGACGUCAAGGCGUUGCGUCAACUGCAGAAGCGAGGGGUAAGUUGA